CAAGAGAGAGACUUAUACAUCAAGCAUGAGUUUGGUUAAUAGGAACUAUUUCGUGCUAGCAAUUGUGCUAUGUCUGUUGGUGUUGCAGGAAGCAAUGACCAAAGCGAUUUCAACCGACGACACCACUGAAGCCAUAUUGAGUGAGGUCAAUGUCGAUAUCGCUAACAAGCUGCCUAAUGGUGCAACCUUCACUAUCCACUGUAAAUCGGGAAAUGACGACCUUGGGACCCAUGUGAUCGGGGCAGGAAAGAGUUAUGGAUUCUCAUUCAAGAUCAACGUCACUGGGAGCACAUUGUUCUUCUGCGGGGUGUCAUGGCAGGGUGGGCAGGUCGAGUUUGACAUCUACAAUACCUCUAGGGAUGACGGGAAAAGGUGCAGUGACGAAUGCAAGUGGCUAGCGAAAGAGGAUGCUGUUGUGGGAUUCAAUUUCAUCGGUACCGGUCCAAACCCUGACAUCGUUAUUCCAUGGCAGAAGUAAUUGUGCGAGCAUGAAAUAUUGUAAUAAGAGAAGCAAGGCAAGCUUAUAAUAAGAUAAUCAUUAUUGAAAAUCAUUGAUAGUGGAG